AUGAUCCCUUCUGUUGCUAUGUUAGUUUCUCUUGCAAUGCUAGUUUGCCUGGCGCUUAGCGUGUCAGCGAUGAAGAGGAGUCUGAAACAAAAGUACGAAGAGAAGCACAGAGAAGCUUUGGAGAAAGAAGAAGAAUUGGUGGAGAGCUUCAAGAUAGAUGAUCAGAGAAGGCAGAUGAUGAAAUACUGGGUGAUGGCAGAGAGCAGCUGCCCUCAGUUUGUGAUAGCGCGUUCUUGUGUUUGCGCAGCUUCAUCUAUGAUCACCUCAUUUUUUGGCAGCAUAUAUACUGUGGUUCAUGUUCUUGACGGGACAAGCGCGAAUGCGCCCGGUAAGACGUCCUAUGGAGUUUACACCAAAAGGAUUGUAGCAGUUCAGUCCCACGGAGUGGGGAUAGCAGUGAUUCUGGCUAUGUUGAGAUUGUUAGUCGCCCUCGUGUUUCGUUGCUCAUCAACCAACACUUGGAUGAUUGAAAGUUACUGGAUUCAGACGCUCAACGACUGCAGAAACAGCUCCGCAGGCAUAAAAAUUGAGCCAAACAGAUGGGGCAAAUGUCUUUUCAAUGCAAAAUGGUGUGUGCUAACUUUCUGCAUUGGAGUUCAGAGAUUUAUUGUUCUUGCAAGCAAAACCCUCAUCUUCUUUUCUGGCUUCAUAGUGGCUCCAUUAGUAAUGUGCUUCACUCACAUCAACAAUUUUGCGAGGAGGCAUCAUGAUACAUCAUCGGGUGGUGACGACAUGGAUCUGAACUACCUAAGCAGUUAUGUUCUGUUACUAGACGGCGAGGUGGAGCUGCCGACAAGCUUGGUGAGAAGCAUGUGCCGCGAGGCUGAUGGCAUGAUUAAGAUAGGUAGAGAGAAGAAGCCCUCCAACCUUAUAAAUCUUUUACAAAAAUCUGAUAGCUCUUAUACUAGCCAAAUCACAACCUUAGUUUUAGCUUAUGAUUGUUGGACUCUACAAGUAGUCACUCUCACAAGCAUUGCACUCGCCCUUCCCAACAUCUCCCAGCAUCAACGCAAGCAGUUGUUGAGCAGUGUGAGCGAAGGCCUUUCUCUCACAACAACAGUCGAAAAAACUUUGGACACAAAUGGAAAAUUUAAGAGCAUUAGGAAUGCUGCAAGUUCUACUUGGGUGGAACUGCUAGUUUACUCCAAGUGGGCUGAGAUCGAUCUCAGAACUGGAUUUCUAUGGUGCAGAAACAGCAAGCAAGUCUUGCAAGAGCUCUCCGAUAAAGCCGAAGAGAUCGUUACGGAGUUGAAGAGUGAAUCACAAGAUUCCAAUAUGGGAAAUCCUCUAAACUUCCCAGCAAGAGUUGUGGCUGCAAACUCCAUGUACAGUAUAUGUCAAACCAUUUUGUUGUCCUAUGGUGAAGAGGAGAGUUGUGAGGAAAUGUGGAAGAGAUUAUGUGUUAUGAUUGCAGAUGUUUUGGUAGCGUGUCUCACCAAUUUGCCACAUGCUAUAACCAAAAUGUGUCACCAGAGUUGCAUUGAAAAGAGAGACGAGACUGAGCGCGAAGCAUUUCUGCUUUUGGGAAAGACAGAAGAAGUUGUUGGAAUUGUUCGACGACAAAGACAUUUAUGUAUUGAUCAUGACGAAGAUGCUUUGACGAUGCCAAGCAUGAGUGAGUUGGCUGUAACAGUGGAUUGUUGA